AUGCAGGGCUGUUACAUGGAUGAUGCAUCACCUGGAGCUGUUGGAUUUGCAAAUGAGUCGGGGUGGAUGUGCCAACCAGAUUUCGUGAAGUACAUGAAACACUUCAUUGAACGAAGUAAUUCGUCGUUGACAAAUCCAACGUUACUCCUGAUCGACAACCACAGCUCGCAUUUAUCUGUCGAGGUUUUGGAUAUGGCCGUAGAAAAUGGCGUGACGCUUUUAUCGUUCUCACCUCACUGCAGCCAUAAACUACAACCUCUAGAUGUGUCGGUAUAUGGCCCGGUAAAAAGCUACUAUAAGACUCAGUGCAAUGCUUGGCAGAAAAACAACGCUAACAAAGUCAUUGAAAUUCGCCAUAUUGCUAGCUUAGUGCAAAAAGCGUUGGACUUGGCGCUUACUCCAUGCAAUAUAAAAGCAGGGUUUCAAGCCACUGGAAUUUCGCCAUUCAACCCGAAUGCAUUCACCGACUCAGACUUCGUUCAGGCGGUAGUUGAUGAUGAAAAUGAUAAAGUUAUUGCAGCUGAGUCAGAAGAAAGUAACAUGGAAUUGCAGCGUCGCAUUCUUAUAAACGUACCAGAAAUAGUUGCGCAUGAAGAGACCAGUACAUCAAAAACAUCAAGUACGAUGUCCUCGAUUUUGUCUUCCGUCGGACCUUUGUGUGCUUCAACUCCAGGCAAAAAAUGUAAUCGUGGCCGGAAACCAAUGAAGAGCUGCGUUUUAACAUCGCCGGAAAAUAUCUCCGAAGCGAAAGAAAAGGAAAAAAAAAAUUGGUUGCUAAAGAAAAAGCCACCGCGAAUAAAGAAAAGAGGCUACUAA